ACCAACAUUCCCAGGUGUACCCCCGGUGCGUUUUUAUGUCGUCACGCGACGCUGGAGUGUUGUGUGACGACACCAAAAAAGGCUUCGUAGAAGACUAUGGAAUCAGGGGCGUAGCUAGAAAUUUUCCAGAGGUACGCGGCAGUUUUCCAAAUCACCUCUACACAAAAAUUCGCUAAAAUUGAAUAGAAUUAAUCCGUCAUAUUUUUUCCUUUAAAGUGGCCAAUGUAAAAUGUAAGAAUACAAACCUUUCAUUUUUUUUAGCUUCUCUUUCUUCCCUUGUUUUCACCCUAUUUCUCCUCGUCUUUUCCUUUGCUGGUGUGAUUGUUGGACUUGCCAGUCAGCAAAAAACCCGCGAAUUGCCUUCAAUUUGAUCAAAUGGCUGCAAAGUUUUAGCCUGAGGAAACAGCCGACAUUUCGCGACGCCGUCAGUGGUUUCCCUGCGAAAUAACGUCCAAGGAAUAACUCUUUCUGAUUGGUCGUGUGUGGAAGAAAUUUGCUUAAACCAAUCAGAAACACUACCCAGAUGUGGGUAGUGACACGUCAUCGGUAUGGAAUUUCUGCACUCGUUCUGCAGCCGGCAUUUUGAGGGGAAACCAGUGGUGACGUCACGAAAUGUCGGCCGUGUUCUUAUUCUUGCAAAUUUGCAGGAGUUAAGUUUUGGCAUAUCCAGUUAGAUUGUAUACCCUCUGACUUUUGGCUCCUUCUGCUGUAUUCUUUUCCUUAGAACUGGUUUUUGUCGCGCAUUCCUGUUUGGUUGAGAGAAACCGUGGCCUGGAACGUGAAUUCAGCAGUACGGAGAGCUGCCCUUAAAAAACUCAAAGAGAAAGGACAAAAGGACUAACCUGAGUGUGUGUGCGUCUGUGAUCUGCAGGCGAGCAAUCUCCACUCACCAUUGAUUUAUUUCACUAGUUUUGAAGAGGGAAUUUCAUUUCUGUUUUCACUAUCUCGCCCUUCCCGUGUCAUGGAAGACACUGAAUGUUUAGUAAGGUCUUAUUGGAACUUGUAGGCGGUCACCAUUUAUGGGGAUCGAAGUUGCUUUUAUACUGCCUUAAAAGGGACUAACGGGCUGUCGGAAUCGCUACUUUCGAGUUAAAAUAUUACUUUUUUUCCUUAUGUGGGAGGUGUCCGAGUCACUAUUCUUUUUCUUGUCUAGGCGUCAGUUGUUAAAACGUUGGAUAGCGCUAUCCACCGUUUAAAUCACUAACCAACGGAUACGUGUUAGGGAAACCAAUUGCGCUGUCCAGUGGAUAGUGAUUUAUCCGGUGGAU